AUGGAGAAGGUGUCAGUUGCGUCCCAGUCGGCGUUUUGCUGUACUGUCCCUUGCUCUUUCCGACUGACCAAAGCAAAGGACGAGCAUCGACAGAGCGACGAGGAGCCGAGAGAGGAUCGGCAGCCCCAGGAGCCUUGGGCGGAGUCUCGACCGCAGAACCCGGACGGGCAACGGAAGGCCAGCGAGGACGGCACGGACUGCGACGACGCAGGCCACGAGGGCUCUAGCCGUAGACAGCACCGGGCCCGGCCGCUCAGCCCGGCUGACUAG